AUGGAACUUUUUUAUGUCCUGUUAGUGGUACUGCUGGUGGUUUUUACUGCCUCAUUCACAUUAGCAAUUAUAAGAACGCUUCAGGUGGACUUUCCCAAUGUCCACAUCCCUCCUGGAGUGGAUCAACCUGGAAAGCUUCGUGUUGUCCAUGCACAUAUGGUUUUUACAUCUGCUGUGGGCAAGAUCUUGGAGAAGAUGGGAGUGUGCACAGAGAUCACCUUCACCCGCUACAUGCGCUCAGGGAAGAAGCGGGGCCCGGAGCCGCAGCUGUGCCUGCAGGACAUGCGCUUCGACGGAGUGCCGGUGCGGCUCUACCUGCCCCGUGUGCCAUCUGCUGCCCUGAGGCCUGCCACCAUCUUCUUCCACGGCGGCGGUUGGAUUUACUGCAGCAUCGAUUCCCAUGACAACAUCUGCCGUUACAUCGCCAGAGAGAGUGGCUCCGUGGUUGUGUCUGUUGGGUAUCGUUUAGCUCCUGAGCACAAAUACCCUGCUGCGUAUGAAGACUGCCUUCAUGCUUCCAUACACUUCAUGAGGAAUGCAGAGCACUAUGGGGUGGAUCCUGCCCAGAUCAGUGUCUGUGGGGACAGUGCUGGGGGCAAUCUAGCUGCUGCUGUUAGCCAGACCCUGGCAGGCAGAGCAGACCUCCCCAGGCUGCGUGCUCAGAUCCUGAUCUACCCAGGCCUUCAGGCAGUGGACAUGGAUUUACCGUCCUACCAGCAAAAUCGGGGAGUCCCUCUCUUACUCCGAGAACGCGCUGCUUUCUUUGCUUUGCUGUACCUACAUGGGGAUGCAUCACACAAGCAAGAUGUCCUGAAGGGCUCUCAUGUUCCUCCGGAAAUGAGACAGAAGUACAAAAAGUGGGUGAGCCCAAACAACAUCCCUGAGAGGUUUAAGGCAAGAGGAUACAACCCACAGAAAACUCAUGACAUCACAGCUGAAAUUUUUAAGAAAUUUGAAAGAAUUUGUGAGCCCAACCUGUGCCCCCUGCUAGCUGAAGAUGCUGUAAUUCAGCAGCUGCCCCAGACCUUCAUCUUAACUUGUGAGUAUGAUGUACUAAGAGAUGAUGGCUUGCUGUACAAGAAGAGGCUGGAGGACAACGGAGUCCCAGUGACCUGGUGCCACCUCGAGGAUGGGUUCCAUGCAAUAAUAAGCCUGUAUGAGUAUGGUGGGUUGUCGUUCCCAUCUGGGAAAAGGGGAUUGGACAGAGUUGUUCAAUUCAUAAAAGGCCUUUAG